AUGGAUGAUAGGAAUAAGUUUCGAUUGAAACUUUCAUCCUUAUCUAUGAGAGGAUCUAGGAAUGAUUCUCAGGAUAAUAAUAAUAAUGAAGAUGAUGAAGCAAAUCUAUUAGUCAACAUUUUACCAUCUUAUCACAUGUAUAGAUCUACAAUAACAAAACAACUAACUCCAAGUGUAGAAGAUCUUAGGACCGAUCCACCUAGUUAUGAAUUAACUCCAUUACAAACACCAGAUUUGAAUUCAACAUUAUCUACACAAACUUCUUUACAUGAUUAUUUCAUGAGUCAGCCAACCAGCCCUGCGUUAGAACCUCAGAAUAUAGAUGAACAGUUGAGUGGAAAUGAUCAAUUUGAACAGGAACAAGAAAAUGAUGAUACUAUACUAGAGAAUGCUCAUAAAUUAAAAAGAUUAACUUCUUCAAAUAAAGAUAUUUCAAAAUUAUUAGAAAUUAAAAUUAAUAUAACUAAAAAUAUAGGUAAAGUUGGAGAAACACCAAAGAUACUAAAUCCAUUAACUUUGGAAUUAAAACAAGGUGAUUAUGUUUAUGGUUUUGUGUUGAUCACAAAUAGAAUAUCUCAUGAAAUUCCAUUUGAUAUGUUUUCAGUUCAAUUAGAAGGAUGUCUAACAUUUGGUAAUGUAAAUAAUAAUAAUACUUUAAUUGUUGAACAACCUACAAAAUUUUCACGAUUUUUAACCAUGUUUGAUUUUAAUGCCAGCUGGAAUGAUGCAUUUUUAGAUAGAUUAGUUACGGAUAAUAAUAAUCCAUAUCGUGAUAUGUCCAAGGAUCAAGAACAAUUUAUGGAUCCACAAGAUCAUACAUAUUAUCAAUUAAAUUCGAGGAAAGUGUUUGAACCAGGGAGAACAUAUAAGAAAUUUUUCACUUUUAAAUUACCUGAAAAAUUAUUAGAUAGUGAUUGUGAACAUCUGUUGAUCAGACAUUUACAAAUCCCACCAACUUUAGGUAUAUGUAAGAAUGAGAUUAUUAAUACCUUAAGGCAUAAAUGGAAAGACUCAAAAGAUUCUUCAAUUGAAGGUGAAGAAAUAUUGAAAAAUAAGUAUAAAUAUGCUUCAUUAACAAAUGACUUUUCAUUCUUAGAUACUUCAAUAAGUUAUUGUAUAAGUGCAAGAGUUAUAGGUAGAGCAUCAGAAUAUAAAGAGUUGUUAGGUGGUACAAAUAAUCAGAAUAUAGAUAUAGAUCAUGAUGAAUAUGUUGUUGCAAAUGAAGAUUAUAAAUAUUUAAGAGUGAUACCUGUAUCUCCACAAAUUCUACAAUUAAAUAGAUCAAUGAUUCAUCAAGAAGCAAGAUUAUUAUAUGGAAAUUUUAUAGAAAAGAUUAAGGAAAAGAUUGAAUUUGGCAAGGAAUUGAUAGAAAAGAAUCAACAUAUACAGCCUAUUUCAAGUCAAAGCUCAUUACGACCCAUUUCAAGUUCUUCAUCAUUACUGUCAUUGCAUAACAUUAAUACAUUAGAACCAAGUUUGAGUGUUUUAGAACUAGCAAAAAUGCAACAAUCAUAUUAUUCAAAAAGUAGUUAUAGACAAAGAUUUAACUCAACAGAAUCAAAGGAUGUUUAUGAAGUGUUUCUUCCGUAUAAGAAAAAAUCAAUGUUUGGAUCAUCUAAAAUUAUUGGUCUAACAGCUUUCUCAACUCCAAAAGUAGAAUAUAAAGCAAAUUAUAUACCAUUACCACAAUUUCAAAACAAAAUAAAGAACAUAGAUCAGUUGAAAAAGGAAAAUAUUUUAAAAGUACCCAUUAAUUUAACAUUCAUUUUCGGAGAAGAGAAAUAUAAUUCACCAAGCUCAUUACCUGAUUUCAAAUCAGUUUCAGUUGAUUUAAUUGCAUUAACUAUAAAAUCCAAAAAACAUUCUAUACCCGUUGCCAUACAUCCUGAAAUGUUAUUUGAUAAUAAAUCAAAGGCUGCAUCAAGUACACAUCAGAAUAAUUUAAAUUUAACUCAUGAUAAUUUUGAUUAUAUCACAAUUAAAAGGUUCCAAAAAUACGCAGCUGAAUUAUCUAAGAUUUUAAAGCAAGUUGAUCCUGAAUUAUUAGACCUUGAUAAAGAUUUUGUCAAGGAUAUUAAAUGUUUAGCCAGUUUAUCUACAAAUUUUGUACACAUGAGAGUUAAACAUGUCCAUUUAGAAUCAAGUACAAGUUUAAAGAAACACGAUACAAUUACAUCAAUACCAUGGGAGAAAAAUGUGCUUGAGAAUAAUGAUGACGAUGCAGUAAGGUAUGAUAAGAAAUUAAUUUUAUUAAUCGAUUUAAAUUCAGCAAUGUUAAAACCGGUAAAUCUGACUGAUUUUUGUUUAGUUCCAGAAUUCCAAAGUUGUUUAUUAGCUAGAGUUUACUAUUUAAAAAUUGAUUUUAAAUUAUCUAAUCUUGAAAAGAUUUCAUUAAGGGUUCCUGUUGUUUUACAAAAGACAUAG